CGCGGCUGCAACGGCUCCUCCUCCUGCCGCUCCCGCCGGCCCCGUCUUCGCCUUGCAGGGCGACUGAGCUGUCAGGAGGGGCGGCGGCCGCAGCGGCUCCCGGGGACCUGCGGCUGUAGGAGCCUUGAUAUUUAAGUUAUUCCAAAACUCCUAGACAGCACUGCAGUGAAAGAUCUUACUGGAAACCAAGGCUAAAGGCAAUGUGAGAAGAACAUUACCAUGUUAUGGAGAGCAUCUUAUCUUUGCAAUGAGUUAUCCUGGCUAUCCCCCAGCGGGUGGAUAUCCACCAGCAGCCCCAGGUAGCAGUCCUUGGGGUGGUGCUGCCUAUCCACCUUCAAAUCCACCUCCAAUUGGUCUAGAAAAUGUGGCUGGCUAUGCUAAUCAGUUCAAUCCCAGCUACAUGGCUGGAAUGGCAUCCAACCUGGCAGGAACAUUUGGAGGGACAAACAUACCGCAAGGCAUGUAUCCUUCCACACCUGGGGGUUAUCCUCCAAUCCCUCCAGGUGGCUUUGGGCAACCUCCAUCAGGACAACAGCCCUCUUACGGAGGGUAUCCUCCCCCUGGAGGAAAUCCACCAUCGGGAAUGCCAGCUUACCCAGGAUACCCAGGCGGCCCUGUGCCAGGCCAGCCCACACCACCACCUGGUCAGCAGCCUAUGAACUAUCCAGGACAACCACCAGCAACUUACCCAGGGCAGCAGCCCAUGCCGAAUUACCCACCAGGGCCAGCUGUGAAUCCGUCUAUGCCCUCCUACCCAGGAACUACAGGGCCUACGGUCUCUCCUGUAACACAUGGAAACCGAGGCACAAUCACCGAUGCACCGGGAUUUGAUCCUCUGAAGGAUGCAGAAGUCUUAAGGAAGGCCAUGAAGGGAUUUGGAACUGAUGAGCAGGCGAUUAUCGAUUGUCUUGGAAGUCGUUCAAACAAACAACGGCAGCAGAUCAUCCUGUCCUUCAAAACAGCUUAUGGAAAGGAUUUGAUCAAGGAUCUCAAGUCUGAGCUAUCAGGUAACUUUGAGAGGACAAUCUUAGCAAUGAUGAAGACACCUGUCAUGUUUGAUGCUUAUGAAAUCAAGGAAGCUAUAAAGGGCGUUGGCACAGAUGAAAAUUGUCUCAUUGAAAUCUUAGCUUCUCGCAGUAAUCAGCAUAUUCAGGAACUCAACAGGGUCUAUAAAGCAGAAUUUAAGAAAACUCUGGAGGAAGCAAUAAAAAGUGACACAUCUGGACACUUUCAGAGGCUUUUAAUUUCACUUUCUCAGGGAAACAGAGAUGAAAGUACAACUGUUGACAUGUCUCUUGUCCAAAAAGAUGUGCAGGAGCUAUAUGCAGCUGGAGAGAACCGUCUAGGAACCGAUGAAUCCAAAUUCAAUGCCAUUCUGUGUGCAAGAAGCAGGGCCCACCUUCAAGCAGUUUUCAGCGAGUACCAGAGGAUGUGCAACCGGGACAUUGAAAAAAGCAUAUGUCGUGAAAUGUCUGGAGACCUGGAAAAGGGCAUGCUGGCAGUAGUUAAGUGCCUGAAGAACACGCCGGCUUUUUUUGCAGAGAGAUUGCAGAAAGCUAUGAAGGGAGCGGGAACGAAAGACAGAACUCUGAUUCGAAUCAUGGUAUCACGCAGCGAGGUUGACCUGCUGGACAUACGUGCAGAAUACAAGCGGAUGUAUGGCAGAUCCCUCUACACAGAUAUCACUGGUGAUACCUCAGGAGAUUACCGGAAAAUCCUACUCAAGUUGUGUGGUGGAAAUGACUAAAUGGAGCAUUGAGCUUUUCUUAGAAAAGCUGCUAUUUUCAUGUUUUUGCUUUAAAGCAUCUUUUUUCUCCAAAAGUAAAUAUGUAAUGACCUGUUUCUCCUAAAGCAAUUAAAAAUUUAAAGAUAAUAUUGCAUAUAUCUUCCCUAGAGUUCAAAAAUAGUAGGUAAUAAAUGCCAAAAAAAUACAAAUAUCAAGCUUAUGUGCCAUCUGCUCAGGAUUCUGUAUAGUACUCUCAGCAAUCCAUGAAUGACAGGUCAUUAUUUCUUUUCUGCUUAUGUUAUGCUGAAAUAAUGUUUGUUUUGUGGAACAAAAAUCACAGUUGUAUGAUUUAAGGUUUUGUUUUUGUAUAAACAUUACGUGACAUUUUAAUGCAAGUUUUUUGUUGUAUGCAGAGUUGUUUUCAUGCUGUCCUGCUCCCUGAUAUGUGUAGAGAACAGUCUUGAGUUUUUGUGUCUAGUUAAGACUAUCGUAAAGAAGUUUUGUCAAGUUCUGUUUUCUUUCCUUGAUUGUUUUUAAGGAAGAUGCGUUCCACAUUUCAUUCUCACUAGGGCGACUGUCACAAGGCAGUAGUAAUGUUGGCAGUAGUAAAGAUUCUAUAGUUAAUAUUUUAAGGUUUUGGAUUGUGCCUUAAAUAUAUGUUUGUAAGAAGAGAUUAUGAAAUUAAAGCUGUCUAUCUUCUAA